UAUACACUGCUAUGAUCUAGCGCCCCUUCGGGUAACCACGUGUAUUUUUCUUUGAUUGCCCGGGGUUGUCGCUCUGGGGUAACUUUCCAAUUAAACAGUGCUGUGCCUUCUUUACGUCUCGAACUUGUACGUAGUGUGGUUGUUGUGGGGUACUUUUUAUUCGGCAUGUAGAGUUAUAAUUUGAUGUGCCAAAUGAUUAGGUAAUACGUUGUGCUAGAAGUGUGUUUUCAGUGUCACAGUGAGAGUUGAUUGGGUAACGUUAAUGCUAGACUGUAGCUAGCUACAAAGACUAGUUACGCGAGUAUCAGUUCAGUGUGCAUUGUAGAGAGGGGCUACUUUUUGGGGGCUGUCUAAUACACAUGCCGAUAUUGGUGUUGAAUAAUUUGCGAUUAUUUUCCUGUUAUAACAAUGGCGCAGUCUAGCAAGCUCUCCUCCCUCCAGUUCGCCGCUAAUCCAAUGGCUGCAUGCGCGAGGAGGCCAGGGGUGGGAACGGAACACUCUUUGCUGAAACGCGCUUCAUGGUUAGCUGGUUCUAUGAACUGAUCACCCUCCUGCUCUUGAACUGUUCAGAGACGUCAGAGUCGACGAGCACGAUGUUCUGUUUCCUACGUUAAUAUUAUAUUAAAAGUUUCUGAACUAUCGACUUUGAGUUUGUAAUGAGCUGAAAUGAAAGCUCGAAGACCGAGGUGCGUCGGUAUCUGAUCGCUUUGACAGUGAAGGCGAUGGUCCACCAGAUAGAACAAGGGUUCUAGCUACCACUGUGUUUGAUGAGUCAAGGGCACGGCCUGGAAAGGCCCUACUUUGAGCCGGAGGCGAAGGCUCUCUUGUAAUAUUAAAAACGGCACCGGUAGGCGAUGAAAGAUGACGCUGUUGGACCAGAGAGUUGAUCUGUUAGAACCUAACCAGCGACCGCAUCUGGAUGUUUUGAAAAUUGACUCGAUUGUGCAACAUAGACUAUUUAUACAGAACAUAGAGCGACAGCUACAAAAGAAAUAUUUACUUUAAUGUGGUAACUUUGCCAUUAUAAACACGCCGGGCCAAAAUAAAAAAAAAACCUUAGUCAGUCACUGGCGUUAUAUCAGAGCCAGGGUGACUUGUCCAUCGCAGGGCGCAUGUGCCUCUCCGUUUCGUUCUAAAGCGGUGGUGGUUGCCUAAGCGAUGGACGGAGAUUUGGAGCCCAGGUCAGAUGUAGAGGGCGGCGGUUCGACCGCAGAGGAUUCGCCGCCGCAGCAACUGGAGGAGGACGAGGCCAUGGAGACCACUCCCCCAGAGACACAGGACACGCCCACGGCAGCCGGUGAUGACGAAGCCAGCAGCACAGCCGAGACAGUCGCCGCGGCAACAGCCCCGCCCCGGCUGGCGGAGGACAAUGAUGACGACGUGGUGCUGGUGGAGGACGGCCCCUCGUCGGGUCAGCAGGGACCCUGCAGUAGCCCCACCUCCUCAGGUAGAGAUGCGGCUGCCACGGCGACCGAAGCCACAGACUGCGCCGAGCCUGCUGCCACGGCAACAGCGGAGACAGCAUCUUCCAUGGCAUCUGCCUCCCCACUUACCAUUGCAACAGCAGCUGCUGCUACUUCUGGUGGUGGUGAUGGUGGUGAUGCCUCUGCUUCUGCUGCUGCUGUCGCUGCUGCAACUGCGAAGCCCCAGAGCGAGCCCAUUGUGAUAGAUGAUGAGGAGGAGGCCGAGCAGAGGGGCUCUUCCUCCUCCUCCUCCUCCUCCUCCUCCUCAUUAUCUUCACAGCAGGCUCUGGCGGCGCCGUUGAGCAGCACGGAGCCCGACUCGGAGAUCAAGAUCGCCAGCGUCACCACGCUGGACGCCUCUUCCUUGUCCUCCGCUUGCGUUUCCGAGGAAGCUUCGGCGGUUGCUGCGGCGACAGUAGAAUCAUCAGCAGGCUCUGUGUCGCCGGCGUCGGCGACGUGCCCUCAGGGAGACAUGAACCUGAUGAUCACCAGCGUGACGUCACUGCAGGGGGAGGCGGCGCAGGUGGGGGCGGAGAACGGCCUGCAGAUCAGCAGCACGUUCAGCCUCAACCCGGACGCUCAGAACCAGAGCACGGCCCAGAGUGUGACUCCCGCGUCCUCCAGCCCGGCCGCCAGCCGGCCCUCGCCGACCUUUAACCCCGGCCGUAUCAGCUCCAGCUCCGCCAGCCAGCCCGUACAGAACGGAGAGACGGGCACACACCAAAGGCCAGACUCUUGGAUCUCUCAGUCGGCGUCGUUCCCCCGGAACCAGAAGCAGCCGGGCGUGGACUCUGCGUCGCCGGCCGCCUCCCUGGCCAAGCCGCUGGGCCAGUCGGGUUCGGGAUCGCAGCAGCCCCCGCGCACCGUCAAGGUCACGUGCGCCAACUGCAAGAAGCCGCUGAAGAAGGGCCAGACGGCGUACCAGCGCAAGGGCUCGUCUCACCUCUUCUGCUCCACACCCUGCCUCUCUGCCUUCUCCCACAAGCCCCAGCCCAAGAAGAACUGCACCAUGUGCAAGAAGGACAUCACAAGUAUGAAGGGUACCAUCGUGGCCCAGGUGGACUCCAGCGAAUCCUUCCAGGAGUUCUGCAGCACCGGCUGCCUGGCCGCCUACGAGAACAAGCAGGUGCCCCCCAAGAGCGCCAUCAAGACCAAGUGCACCGUCUGUGGCAAACUGACGGAGGUGAGCGAGCGUGUCGACAGGAUUCGACACGAAGUGAGCUUUAAGAAUGUCACACACAAGAUCUGCAGCGACGCCUGCUUCAACCGCUACCGCAUGGCCAACGGGCUGGUGAUGAACUGCUGUGAGCAGUGCGGCAACUACCUACCAAACCGCGCCACCGCCAACCACUACCUACUGGUGGACGGGCAGCAGAAGCGCUUCUGCAGCCAGAACUGCAUACGAGACUACAAGCAGGCUCACGGGAAGAUGACACCGUGCACUGGCUGUAAGACUCUGUGCCGCUCCUUUGACGUGACUCACUGCAUCGGGGCCACGGGAGCCAUGGAGCCCUACUGCUCCACCGCCUGCAUGAACAAGAACAAGAUGGCCGCCGUGCAGAAUGUUGAGCCCUCGUGUCACUUCUGUAAGAGGAACGCAUUGCCCCAGUAUCAGGCCACCCUCCCUGAGGGGAAGGUCUUAAACUUCUGCAGCUCACAUUGCGUGACCAAGUUCCAGAGUGCGGCGGUUCAGACGUCCACCAACGGCCAGGCUCCUGUCUCUGCGGCAGGCAACGACAUCCAGCUCAAGUGUAACUAUUGCCGCGGAGCUUUCAGCCUCAAGCCAGAGACCCUGGAGUGGGAGAAUAAAGUAUACCAGUUCUGCAGUAAGACGUGCUGCGAGGACUAUAAGAAACUGCACUGCAUCGUGGCCUUUUGUGAGUACUGUCACGAGGAGAAGACACUUCACGACACGGCCAAAUUCUCCGGGGUCAGCCGGCCCUUCUGCGGCGAAGGUUGUAAGCUGCUGUUCAAACAGAGCUUUGCGCGGCGUCUGGGCCUCAAGUGCGUCACCUGUAACCACUGCAACCAGAUGUGCAAGAGGGGCAUCACCAAGCAGUUUGACAGCGUCACCAGGGACUUCUGCAGUGAAGCCUGCUCCAAGAAGUUCCACGACUGGUACUACAAGGCGGCGCGCUGCGACUGCUGCAAGGUGCAGGGCAACCUGACGGAGUCUGUGCAGUGGCGCUCGGAGAUGAAGCAUUUCUGUGACCAGCAGUGUCUACUGCGCUUCUACUGCCAGCAGAACGAGCCCAACAUGGCCACCCAGAAGGGCCCAGAGAACACGACCUUAGGAAUUGGUGUGCAGACGCAAGCAACCAAGGUGACGCUCUUCAACCAGGGCCCGGUGUCGUACGCGGGCGGAGGGAUCCUGAAAGACGUGAAGAACAAGGCGGUGUUGUGCAAACCCCUCACUAUGACCAAGGCCACCUACUGCAAGCCGCACAUGCAGAGCAAGCAGCUGCAGACAGAUGAGGCCGGCACGGAUCAGCUGGUGAAAAAGGAGUACGUCCCUGUGCCUAUCCCGGUGCCCAUCUACGUGCCUGUGCCCAUGAACCUCUACGCCCAGACCACCCCUGUGCCCGUCACCGUGCCCAUCCCAGUGCCUGUGCCAUUAGUCCUGCCCACCACGCUGCAGAACGUGGAUCAGAUACUGGAGGCCAUCAACGAGCUCAGGGCCAAGCUGCCCCCAGACCUGCUGGCCAUGGAGGACACCAAGCCCGACCUCAUAGUGGUGAAGAGUGAGGAGGUGUUGGGAGCUGGACAGCAGGUGAAGAGGGAGAGGGUGAAGAGCGAGAGCAGCAGCGGCGGCAGCAGCAGCAGCAGCUCAGAAGAGGAGGAGGAGGAGAAGGAUGACAAAGAGGGGGACAAGUACGAGCCUGACCUGGAUCUGGAAAACGACUUCCCAUUAGCCUCGGAACCUGUGCCUGUAGCAGAGGGGUUGGAUGCAGAGAUGGGCUUCACACUGCCCCCUGUGCUAGCUGAGGAGAAGGAAGAGAUAUCUCGACCCAGGGCCAGACGGAAGGGAUCGAAGCGGCAGGCGGUGGAGGAGGGCUCCCCUGCGCCUGCGUCCCCGUGUGCGGAGGCCGAUCUCGGGGCCGGGUCAGAGGAGGGGGCCAUCCCCCUCAGACCCCACUACGGGCUCAACGCCUGGAGGAGGUGGGCCGCCACCGCUUCCCAACAGGAAACAGACGCCCCUGCGCAGGAAGGACCCAAACAAGGUGUGCAUGUGAAGAGUAACCUGUUGUCCCUGAAAGCGCCCCGUUUGAGCCAGGCGCUGUCCCGCUUCGUACGAGAGGUGCGGCGGCCCAAAGGAGAACGCUAUGCCCCCGACAGCAUCCUCUACCUCUGUCUCAGCAUCCAGAAGCAUUUGCAGGACAAAGGGAGGACGGAUGACCUCUUCAGUGAUCCCUGUUACAGGCAGUUUGGAGAGGAGCUGAACAAGAUCCUCAAAGACUGGCAGCCCAGCGUGUUGCCUGACGGUUCUAUGUGGGGACGUGUGCAAGAGCGUUGCCUGUGGGACAGCGGUCAGCUGGGCGAGCAAAGCCCGGAGGCGCUGCUGCGCUCGCUAGUCUACCUGAACACCAAAUACUUCGGCCUGCGGACCGUGGAGCAGCACCUGCGGCUCUCCUUCGCCAACGUGUACGGGCCCAGCCGCACCGACCCGCUCACGCACGAGGUCUCGGUCCGCAUACGCGUCCCCUCCAUAUCACAGGACGAGCACCAGGUGCAAACGGGAAACAAGAGGAAACGGCAACAGAAUGACUAUGAGCCCGACGACGGGUCGGGAGGCUCCAGCCACUGUCCAGUGAAGAAACAGGAGUGUCGCCUUUAUGAAGUGUACCUGUCUAAGUGCCCUGUGUCUGUGCGGCAGCGAGCGGACCUCUUCUACAUGCAGCCCGAGGCGUCGGGCGGAGGCGGCGCCCUGUGGUUCGGCAGCUCCCCUCUGGACCGAAACGUGCUGGAGAGCUUGCUCACCCGCGUCCUCCUGGUCAAGGACAUCUACCAGGAGAACCGCCCUGAGGAGGAGGAAGAGGAGGAGAGGGGCGAUGAAGACACAGGGGAGCAGAAAGAUAUGGAGGUUGCAAGGGAUUAACCUCAGAACGUGUCCCCUGCUUCUUGGCAUCGUUCCUCCAGCCCCCUUCUGAGUGUUUGUCACUACAUCACACACACACACACACACGUGUGUCUCUUGGCAUUAUACCCACAAGCCCUCUGUCCAGGACGCUGUUUCCUUAGCCUUCCCUCCACCUCACUCUCACUCUCACCCUCACCCUCACCCUCAUCCACACGCAUCAGAACUGGUCCUAGAACAUUGGAGGAGGAAGUGUGUGAUGAGGCGGUGUGUUUAAAGACUGACCUAUGACCAGUGGGUCGACCCUGAGAUGGGCAAGAAGGACCAGACUCGGUAGUGGGUGUGUGAGAGUGGGGUGCAUCAUAAAAAUAUAUAUAUACAUAUAUAUAUGAACACGAAAAGCAAAAAUCCAGACUGCUGCUUUUCAUGAUUUGAUUUUAUUUGUUUUGUUUUUGUUUGUCUGUCUUGUUUGUUUGUUUUUUUUGUAUUUUCCCAGGGGGGGAGGAGUGUGUGUAUAUGUGAUGUAGCAUUACUUACUAUGCCCAGAUUGGGCAGCUCCGACUUGUAAAUACCCGCAGUAGUGAAGCUAGGGUGUGAAGGGGAUCCGAGGUGCGAAAGAGGAAAGUGUUUGUUCCUGAAAAAUCCAUGAAAAUUAAAUAAUAAAAAAGGAUUAAAAAAAAAAAACACACACACAACACGGACACUCGUCAAAAAAAGCUUCCUGAAUUCUGCUCUAACUCUGACCCCAAUUUGUUUUUUCUUCUUUUUUUAAAUGACUUAUUUAUUAAGAUUGAUUGAACUUUGAUUACUAUGUGUAUUUCCGUUCAUAAGUGGAGGGAUCCCCAGUGAGAGUGUGUGUGUGUGUGUGUGUGUGUGUGUGUGUGUGUGUGUGGACAUAUGCUCUUUAUCUCUCCUACUCACUCCUCCAGUACGAACAUUAAAGAACCUGAUCCAGGCCAGGAGUUGUCCAGUGUGAUUUCACUCCUUUAUCUCCCUUCCUGUUAAGAUGCCUUCUCUCUCCCUGUCUGUCUCAUUCUGUCUUUCUCUCUCCCUCUUUUUCUCUUUCUCUUUUUUCUUUCUUUCUUUCUCUUUUUUUUUUCUUUCUUUCUUUCUUUCUUUCUUUCUUUCUUUUUCUUUCUUUCUUUCUUUCUUUCUUUCUCUCCUGCUAUCUUUCUUUCUUUUCUUUCUCUUUCUCGCUCUCUCCCAGUUUUUCUGCUGCUCGUUUCGGAGAGGGAAAGGAUGCAGGAUGUGUUUGUUUUUGGUGGGGGGGGGGGCUGUUUGAGUUUCUAAAGCCACUGUUCCUCUUCCAUUUCAGUUUACUUAUUUUGACUUUCCUUUUUUUGUGGAUAUUAAGUUUGAAAUAAACAAAAGCAUUUGGCCACAAAUGCGUUGAAGACUUCACAUCUUAAACAUUUUUUGCUGAAAUGUGGGUGUCGAGACAUCCUAUUUGGUGAGCGUGUCAUACUUUGUGUUAAACUUUUUACUUGCAUCCAAGCUGCGUUUGAUCUCUUCGGUUUCUGUUCAAUGUUGGAAUUUUAUUUAUGUGAAGGAAAAACGGUUACUUCAUACCUUUUCAUUUAAGUUUAUGUUGUAUUUUUAUUUUCUUAGAAUAAAUUUCAAAUCCAUAUAUUCA